AUGUUUCUUCUCCGAGAACUCUUCUUUGUCAUCUCAGCUCUUAAUAUCUACUCCAUGUUGCUCAUCAACGAUGCAUUCCACAUACCAGCAGCUGAACACUACUUCCAUUCGAAUAAUAUGACGGAAGCAACAUGUAAAUUUGUAGAUGCCUGUAGUCACGCAAAUGUAUCCAUCGAAUAUAUUGAUCAUCCUGAAAAAGAUGCAUAUGGAGAACAGUUACAGGCAACGGUUUGUACAGUAAGCGAUUCACAAAAACGUGCAAUUGUUUACACCAUUUCUGGCACGCAUGCUGUAGAAGGUUAUGCUGGAUCCAUGACUCAGAUUAGUAUGCGUCGCGGAAAUUCAUCGAUGUCUCCACCAGAUAAUACUGAUCAACUGAAGAAUCACGCUAUGUAUUAUACAGUACAUUACAAUAAUCCUAUACUUCAACGAUUAAUUGAUCAAAUUGAGUUAUUCACAUUGGGUAACGAGUCUGCUAGGCAGAAUGCUUAUGCAGUCUUCGGUCAACUAUUUGCCGAAUAUGGCGGGGAAUUUGUCAGUAUGACUCUCAAAACAGGACAAGGCAGACGACCUCAAGGUAUUGUAUAUUUUGGACCAUCAAAAUCAUGGUCGAGUCAAAUCGAAGAUUAUGUGGUUGCCAAGUAUUUUCCUUAUGAAACCGAUAUUCUCCUGAUUGAUUGGCACACCGCCGUCGAUUCGUACGGUACAUGGUCGUUUAUGCCCAUUGAUAAAGAAUCAGAAACUGCAUUUAAACGAUGGGUACCAAACGAUCUGAUGACAUCCUAUGACAUCGUUAUUCCUUCAGGUAGCCAAUUGCCAUACAGUAACAUUAAACCUAAAACAAACGCAAAACGUGUGAUAAGAGGCAUGUGGGAAGUUGGUACUUACAAUAUGGCCAUGGAGACUAAUACAAUGUUUGUGCUACGUCUCUAUUGCCGUUUUUACAUUAACGCGAGUGACUCAUCCUGUCAAGAUAUUAUCUAA